AGUCAAUAUUUUAAUGUAGUAAACAAUAGGGUAUAAGUAAUAUUUUUUUGAUUUUUAUAAUCCUAUUGAUCUUUUAUCGUUUUUAUUAAGUAAUUUUAAAGAUGGCUCGUAUAUUAGUUGGAGUUAAGCGUGUAAUAGACUAUGCAGUAAAGAUAAGAGUAAAGCCAGAUAAAACGGGUGUAGUUACAGAUGGGGUAAAACAUUCUAUGAACCCAUUUGAUGAAAUUGCAGUGGAGGAGGCUGUUAGAUUAAAAGAGAAAAAGAUUGCUUCCGAAAUAAUUGCUGUAUCUUGUGGUCCAGCUCAGUCUCAAGAUGUCAUUAGAACUGCUCUAGCGAUGGGUGUAGAUAAAGGGAUCCAUGUGGAGGUGUCUGGAAAAGAAUAUGAAACUUUACAACCAAUUCAUGUUUCUAAAAUUUUAGCUAAAAUUGCACAAAAUGAAAAAUGUGACAUGGUUAUACUUGGAAAGCAGGCAAUAGAUGAUGAUGCUAAUCAAACAGCUCAAAUGACUGCUGCUGUAUUAGAUUGGCCACAAGCUGUUUUUGCUUCAAAGAUUGAAAAGGGGGAAAAUGAAAUCACAGUUACAAGAGAAAUUGAUGGUGGAUUAGAAACAAUAAAAUGUAAACUUCCAGCGGUAAUUAGUGCAGAUCUUAGAUUAAAUGAACCCAGAUAUGCAACACUACCAAAUAUUAUGAAAGCCAAAAAGAAGCCAAUUACAAAAACCACUCCUAAAGACUUAGGGGUAGAUGUAGCACCAAGAAUUAAAAUUGUAAGUGUCGAAGACCCUCCUGUACGGCAAGCUGGAGUUAUUUUACCUGAUGUGGAUGCACUUGUGGCAAAACUGAAAGAAGGGGGACAUGUGCCUUGAAACACUUUAGUAUUUAAGUUAAUGCAAAUUUACAAACCUUUUUUUUUGAACAUUUGAUAAAAGAAGCUCAAAAAAUAUUUAAGAAUGACUGUACAUGGAAAAACUGAUUAUACUUUUUUUUAUUAGAAUCAAUAAAUAAAUUUAAAUAUUUAA